AUGGCGAAACUCGCACAAUUCUACGUCGUUUUACUCUUGGUGGUUUCCUUGGUUGGAUUCUCCGUUUCUCAAUCUUUGCCAUUGGCGACAUCUCCAUCUUCGGUUCCUCAACCCAAAUUUGACUCGCCGUCGUCUCCAUCGUCUCCUGUUCCAGCUUCGAUUCUGGCACCGACGCAUUCUCCAACGAAUCAGUCUCCGAGUCCAUCCCCUCCAUUGCCUCCUCUGGCACCAGGCUUGUCUCCAACUCCGACACCAUCUGCUGAUGAUACAGAGGCGGGCGAUGUCAACAGCAAGGAGAGUUCCGAUUCGAACCACUCCUCCAGCGGUGGAAAGAGUGGAGGGAAGGUCAAGAUCGCGAUCAGAGUGAUUUUCACUUUAGGGGCAUCUUGGUAA